AUGCGUACGACCUGCAGCUUGGCCAUCCCAACAGAAAAAUGCGUGCUUGAUGAGAAUGAGGGACAAUGCGGAGAGCGUGCAGAUGCUAUGGGGAUCGAGCGCGACAUCCUCGAUCGCGCAACGUGCAACAUCGGCAAUCUACCGCCGCGUCUACCCGUCUCACUCUCAUCACAGCACUCCUUUCUUGCCUCCUCUUCAAACCCACUUUUCUUGCUGCAGAACAUCAACAUCCUUCACCUGUCACAUCGGACAUUAUCAGAAUCGGCAUCAGCAAGGAAGGGGGAGGAGGAGCCGGCUCGAGACGACGUGCCCGGCCGUCAGCAACAACAUCACGUGUUGGAGUAA